AUGUAUUUUCUUUUAUUUUUCUUCCUGCAGAUAAAUUUCUGUCUGUUCUUAAAUAUCGUUCGAGUAUUAUUUACAAAACUGAAUGCUCCACACAACAGAGAGUCGAGAAACGCACGAUACAGGCGUCUGGCCAAAUCAACGUUGAUUCUGAUUCCAUUGUUCGGUUGCCAUAUUAUCUUCUCCUUUAAACCUGAGCACCUCAGUGUCAAGGCCGAGUUGAUUCUUCUCACCUUUGAAAUGUUGCUGAGCUCAUUUCAGGGCUUCGUUGUGGCGAUUCUGUUGUGUUUUGCAAAUUGCGAGGUGAAAUCGGAAAUAGCCAGUUUUUGGGAACGCAACUUCGUUGGUGACAAUUCCCACCGUCCUACACCGUUCACCAGCCUUUCUGAGUACUUUGCCAGAAGUCGACAGUCGUUCAGUGAGCAGAAGAUGACUUCCGUCAUUGACAAUAAUCUUGAAGCUGUCAUUAUAGUGGCACCAAUUAUUUAUAUCCAUAUAAAUCAAUCAAUGUCCGUUUAUAAUCUAUCUAUCUAUCUAUCUAUCUAUCUAUCUCUUCGAUGGACACGGUUUCUUCCAGCAAAGUAA